ACUAGAGACCGGAUUUAAUGCUUUUUGGCAUGAGGUAAAUAUUGUAUGCAACGCUAUCAAAAUGACAUUUUUAUACGAACUAACACAAGCGAAGCAUUUUAAGAUUAUGUAGAUAAUGCAUAUUUUGCAUUUUUUUAGUUUUUGUGCAUAUUUUAAACCAAUACACAUUUUAAUAGCUAUUUUUCGUUUUUUACUGGCAUAAAAUGAAAAUUUCUAGAACUGAAGCUGUAUGUGGCGACAAUUUGAAUGGAUCAUUGAUUUCUAGGCGUUCUUUUCCAGUUUAUUAGGUCAGCAGUAUCAUGUUGAGGUAGCAGUAAUUCAAUGUAAGCAAAAAUUGUAAAGAAAGAAAUAUUAUAUAAAUUACGAUAACGCGUUUUAAAGAUAAGAAAAAGUUACUCACCAGCAGGUGUUGGAUUAGGUUUCAUUCUUUUCCCAAACUCGUAGUUGUGUAAGUAAAGAACGGUUACGAUUCAUUAUUUUUUAAUUGAGUGUAUUGUUUAUUCCGUUUAUUGUGCACUACCUUUCAAUAAUGCCUAAAUCGAAGCCCUCAGUAGCAGAAUGGAUACGAGGUUAUCCCGAAUUAUGGUUAGACGGGAGCAGAUUAUUUUGUAGAGCGUGUUCCAAGACGAUUGCAUGCGAGAGAAAGUUUAGUGUUGACCAGCAUGUCAAAACCGAAAUCCACAAACAUAAUUCAAAGAAAUUUGUUGCUAGUUGCAGUAAGCAACAAACAAUUUCGGAAUCUUUAUCGUCCUCGGGUACCGCUCAAGAGAGCGCAACUUUUUACAAGGACCUUUGCGCAGCAAUGGUGGGUACAAAUAUACCCCUUCAUAAGUUAGAGAACCCAUUAUUUAAAAACUUCUUGGAAAAGUAUUGUCAACGGCACAUACCUGCUGAGAGUACUUUGCGAAAAAAUUAUCUAAAGGAUGUGUAUAAAGAUGCUAUGGAAAAAAUUAAAGAAACUGUUGGAAAUAGUUAUAUUUGGUUUUCUGUAGAUGAAACCACUGAUAUUUGUGGAAGAUAUAUAGCAACUUUACUUAUUGGCGUCCUGAAUGACACUCCCACCAAACCCUUUGUAGUAUAUUGUAAAGAAUUGGAACGAACUAAUAGCGACACUAUUUCAAGAUUCAUUAACGAAGGCUUGACGAAUUUCUUUUUACCCAACCCUUUACCAUCAGAACGAAUUCUUCUUAUGGUUACGGAUGCUGCAGCAUACAUGGUAAAAGCUGCACGCAAUUUAAAAAUUUUUUACCCAACCCUAAUACACUGUACAUGUUUAGCGCAUGGGUUAAAUAGGGUCGCUGAAACCAUAAGAGCACAAUUUCCACUUGUUAACGAUUUAAUUAACAGUGGAAAAAAAGUGUUUUUAAAAGCACCAUUGAGGGUUCAGAUGUUUAAGGAACAGUUUCCUGAUGUUGCUUUACCUCCACAACCUGUUGUGACGAGAUGGGGCACGUGGUUAAAUGCAGCACUGUAUUAUGCGGACAAUUACUCAUCGUUUAGUGCCAUAGUGCUUCAGUUUUCUGAAACCAGUAAUAAAGCCAUAAACGCAUGUCAAGAAGUUUUACAGAAUGCAGAAUUAAAGCAAAACCUUGCAUUUAUAAAGGCCAACUACAAAUUUGUUAGCGAAUCUAUACGACGUCUGGAGGAACAGGGCAUGUGUUUAACUUCCGCUGUUGAAAUCGUUGACAAUUUUAAAAAGUCUACACUGGAAGUUAAAGGACGUCAGGCCGAAACGAUUGCGAAGAAACUUGAUGAUAUUUUAUUGAAAAACGAGGGAUUCAACGAGUUGCAGAAAAUGGCGAAGGUGUUGGCCGGAGAACGUGUGGAUAAUUUAAAUAUAGAUGCUCAUCUGGUACCUCAUUUUAAGUACGCCCCAAUUACCAGUGUCGAUGUGGAACGGUGUUUCUCUAUAUAUAACAACAUACUAAAUAAUAGACGCACAAAUUUUAAAAUGGAGCACUUGGAACAAUAUUUAAUAAUCAAUUGCUUCAAUACAAAAAAUGUUUAA